AUGGAGGACGUGCCGAUAGCUUUUCAGCAGAGGAAGCUGACUUCAUCCGGUUAUUCUGGUCCUACUUCACGACGCAGCGCUUCAGGGAAUGCUUCGAAGCGAAGCGGCGACAAUAAAGAGAACGAGUUGGCAAGCAGAUAUCGCAAUGGCGGCAAUCAAGGCACUGCCAAGCACUCCUCCAUCGUCAAGCGUUCUUCUUUACCGACCGAAUCGAAUGCGUCUGAAGAUGAAAGCAGAGGAUGCUCUUCCGAAGGAAGACCUGAACCCGAUCCAAGUCUUCGUCGCGUUGAUCAAUAUGUUCCUGGUAAACUGCUUUACCGUCAUGAUCCUGUCAAGAAAUUCGAGCUGUACAGGGAGGAGUGGGCGCGAAGGCCUGCUAUAGGUGAAGAAAAACGACUUGCCCUGCGGUGGAAAGUACGCGAAUAUAUGCUGAGAGAAAGUCUUCCAACGCACAGCAUGUCACGAUUUUUGAUUCGUCAGCAAGAAAAAUUCGUCCAAGCUCUAGGAAAACACAACAUUCCAGGAUUACGGUGGUUACUUGAGGGCUUCAAUUAUUACGAUAUUUCACGAGUGAAGGAGGUCGGCCCCGACCGUGCGGCAGCAGAGUGGAUAGUUCGGUGUGGAGGCGCCGUCAAAUUCGACAAAAUUGCUGAUACCUUCAAUGACUAUAAUGCGCUGAUCAAGAGAUGUGCUGAACUCGAUCCCAGGGUACCAGCGGACAACGUGAAAGUCACGCAUAUUCAUGCUGUGGAUGCUUCAGUUACCGGCUACGGUUGUCGUCACUUCGCAGGACUAUCUGGAAUUAAGGAAGUGGAAUUCGUUCGCUGUGAUAACCUACACGACUUCGGAUUGGAAUACAUGGCGAAAGCUGUCGGAGCACACCUGGAACUCUUAAAAAUUGAUGGAUGCCGGCGUAUUACUGAAUUUGGAUUGGCUCAUUUGGAAAAGUGCAGGGAUGAUCCGGGAAAGGGAGUAAAGUCAGCAUUCCUUCGUGCAGACAUUAAACUGGACGUCCCCGAACCGAUCUCAGUCUACGGCACUCCAUUAGAAGUGUGGAUGGAGAAGCUACUCGGCUAUUCCCGCCGCAUGUAA